GAACAAAAGAAGGGGGGAGGCGGCGACGCCUUCGCAAGCUGGCGGUGGAUAAAGGGCGCUCGAGGUUUGGAAGAAGAAUUUACUUGGUAUACACCUGAGGCAACAUAGCUGCAUUUUAUAAUGUCUGCUACAGAUGAAGAUGUCUGCAAUCAUAUAAAAGUAGUAAUUCGUGUUCGUCCUGAGAAUCCAAAAGAGAGAGAUGGCAACUUUCAAAAAGUGGUUCAGGUUGUUGAUAAACAUUUACUGGUGUUCGAUCCCAAAGUGGAAGAAGUCAGUUUCUUUCAUGGAAAAAAAUUACCGAACCGCGAUAUCACUAAAAGGCAAAAUAAGGAUCUAAAAUUUGUAUUUGAUGCCAUAUUUGAUGAACAUUCUACACAGCUGGAAAUCUUUGAAGACACCACCAAAACAUUUCUAGAUGGUUUUUUAAAUGGCUAUAAUUGCACAGUACUUGCUUAUGGCGCGACUGGAGCUGGGAAGACUCAUACAAUGCUGGGUUCCCCUGAAGACCCUGGAGUAAUGUACCUGACUAUGAUCCAGCUUUACAAUUCUAUUGAUCGAAUGAAAGAAGAGAAGCAUUGCAGUAUUGCAGUUUCAUAUCUUGAGGUCUACAAUGAGCAGAUACGUGACCUAUUAGUAAAUUCAGGACCGUUGGCUGUUCGAGAAGAUCCUCAAAAAGGAGUUUUGGUUCAUGGGCUAACCUUGCAUCAGCCCAAAUCUGCAGAAGAGAUCUUGCAAAUGUUGGAUUAUGGAAACAAAAACAGAACACAACAUCCUACUGAUGUAAAUGCCUCCUCAUCUCGGUCCCAUGCUGUCUUUCAGAUUUAUUUAAGGCAACAAGAUAAAACUGCAAGUAUCAGCCAAAAUGUCCGUAUUGCCAAAAUGUGUCUCAUUGACCUGGCAGGAUCCGAACGUGCCAGUGCCACAAAGGCCAAAGGCGCUGUCUUGAGAGAAGGAGCAAAUAUAAAUCGAUCACUGCUUGCUCUUGGCAAUGUUAUUAAUGCCCUCGCAGACCCAAAGAAAAAGAAUCAGCAUAUUCCCUAUCGGAAUAGUAAGCUUACUCGUUUAUUGAAAGACUCUCUUGGAGGAAAUUGUCGCACUAUCAUUAUAGCUGCUAUUAGUCCUUCUUCUUUGUUCUUUGAUGACACAUACAACACUCUUAAAUAUGCCAACCGAGCCAAAGAUAUCAAAUCCUCAAUAAAGAGCAAUGUUGUAAGUCUGGACAGCCAUAUAAGUCAAUAUGUUAAGAUCUGUGAGCAACAAAAGAAAGAGAUUUUAAUGCUGAAAGAGAAACUGGAAGCAUACAAAGUGGGAAAAAUAUCUGUUCCCAGUAAUCAAGAUACAGCAAUAAGUACAAAUCAGCAGCAAGUUGAAAUAUCAAGGUUAAAAGAAAUCUUGAAGUGUGUGUUUGCAAAUCGAGAGGAAAUCAGGAAUGAGGUCCUCAAGCUUGACUUACAACUAAAAGAAAAUGUCCUUAAAACACAUUAUCAGAAAAAUUGCCAUGAACAAGUUGAAAUAGUAUGUUCCUGCUCACCAGAGAGAUUGGAAAAGGCAACUGGCAGACUUGAUCACCGGCUUGCUUUACUUAAAAGUCGUCGUUUGCAUCUAGAAAAGAAAAAAGAAGAGGAAGCUAAAAGUUUUGAGGACAACACAAAUUGGUUGCAUAGAUUGGAGAAUGAAAUGCGCCUCCUGGGUCAAGAUGGGCAGAUUCCUCCAGAGCUACAUAGAGAUCUGCAGUGUUGUCACUUGAAAUUGGAAAUUGAGGAUUUGAAAACGCAAAUUGAAUACAUGAAAACGUUAGCAUCCCAACAAGAACAGCAGUAUAAGCAGACGGAAAAAAUCCUGAAUUUUUCACUUCCAAUUUUAAGAAAACAGUAUAUUGCUUUAAAAGGGAUGCAGUUAGCCAAUGGUGUUAUUGAGGAUGAUUUCACAGAGUUAAAACAGCUCAUUCGCAGAGAGAAAGCUGUAAUUUGGGCUGACCAGAUUGUUGAAGAAGAAUCAGAUCAAAAUGAUCAGCUCAAGAUGUCUGCUGUCAUGUCAUUUCCACAGCUUGUGAGCUAUCGAAAUACUCCCUGUAAUACGCCUCGUAAUCUUACAGUGGAGAAAGUCAAGACUUCUGCUCAGCGUGAGACACAAUAUGGAAUGCCACUGCACAAAAGAACAAGGCGAAAAUUGAUAGCAUCUCCUCUGACAAUCCAGAGUCUUCAAGAUUCCAGCCAGUCGUGUCCUAACCCUGUGGUGGAAUCUCUCAGCGAAGCCUUCUGCUCAAUUACAUAUACACCCGAGGUCUGCAAGAAGCCAUCAAAGACUCUCUAUACAGGAACUGUGCAUAAGGCAACCCUUGAAGAAAUGAGUCACAUGGCACAAAUUCAGGAACCAUUAAAGCAGAGCAGCACCAAAGAUGUUGCAUAUAAUGUCACCCCAGAGUGCCACAUGAACUCAACUAUGCUUUGUAAAAAUAACACAGACACUAUAAACUGUCCUGAUGCAGCCAGAAGCAAGUCAGAAGCAGCCAAUAGCAGAAAUGUUUUACAAAGGCUUGGCCUUCCUUCAUUGUUAAAUAGAGAACCAGAUGCUGCGUGUGCAAAGCCAUCUUACAUGGCAAUGACAUCUGCUGCUUCAAGAAAAAGGUCCUUAUUAAGUUCUGCAUCCAGCAGUGGAUUAACAAAUCAGCAUGAUCAGGUGAUUGCCAAACGCCUAAGGCGAGAUGUUGAAUCAAGUAAGAAAGCACUAAGAGUACCUAUAACCUCUGGAGUCAGAACAAGAACCUGGAAACGUAAUGAUGGGCUUAGAAAACUUCUCAAAACUAAUUUGAAGGAAAAUGCAUCAGUAGGCACAAAAGUGGGCCGAUCAAAAGAAGCAUGAACAGUAAUUCUGAAGUAAAAAUAAACCUUUGUAUAAUUUUGUUUUCUUAGCAAAAAGUGUAAAACUAACAAUUCCUCUGCCACUUUCCCCAUAUGUGGUGACUUUGGAAAUUAAAUUUGCAAAUGCUUUUAAUGCCCAUAUCUGGCCUCUAGUUUAUUAUGUAAUUAGAACCCUCAUCAGACUUAAAGAUUGAACAGGACAAUAUUGUUCAAUAUCUUUGGUUGUCUGAAUGCAAUUUUGUAUUAUUUUUUCUUAACAUGCUGUGUAAAUUACAGGAUGUGUUUUCUUUUACAUUCCAUACCACAAAUGUUUCCAAACUGAAAGUUUUCAUAUGUACUGGACUAUCAUUCCCCACAUUCAAUUUUGUCUUCGAUCAUGGGAGUUUUAGUCCAAAACUUCUAGAGAUCAAAAUUGCUAGAGAAAUCUCCUUGUAUGUAAAACUAUAAGUUUUCUUCAGAAUGGGUCGUGCCAACUGAUUCCAUGUCUUUAGGUACUUUUAACAAACUCUUCUGGACUUAUUGAAUAUUUUUUCCAACUUAAAAAAAUACUAUUCAAUAUCUAUUUUAAUUGUAACAUU